AUGAUUUUAUCUAAGAAAUUAAAUUAUACAAACACUUAUCAACCAACCAAUCAUAGCAAAACGCAACACCGUCCUAUUAAAGUGCAGGGUAUCGCGCAGUGCGCCGUCGAUUUCAUGUUUGCCACGAGAGAUAUAAUUAACUACAGAAUUUAGUUGUGAAAAUCUCAAUUGAUUGCAAUUUGAGCUAAUGCAACAUGGAUAAGCGACAGCGUGAGCUGGAGGCUGUGGUGAACACGCAGAAGGAACAAUUGUCACGAUAUGAGAAGCGCCUUAAAGACGUGGUCACAGCAUACAAAGGCUUGCUCAAAGAGAAGGAAGCACUGGAGACAAGUUUAGCGGCGCAUGCCGAAGUUACGUCUGGUAAGGAUUCAAAUGCUGUCGAUUCUCGAACAACCACAACUACUGGCCAAGAUAGCGGCGACGCAGCUGAUGGAUCCACGUCCACAUGCAGCGAGGUAACCGCUGGCAGUGAGGAAAGAGGUCAGCUUCAGACGCAAAUCAUAACGCUUAUGAACUCUCUGGCUACACUCUCCGCUGAAAAGUCGCGGAUGGAGGCAUCUUUUCAAGCUGAUAAGAAGCAGCUGCGCGCACAGAUUGCACAGAAGGAACAGACUAUACAGGAGCUGCACGCCAAGGCCAAGGAACAGGCUCAGCGUGCCAAAAACGACGUGGACGAGGUCAAAGCAAAGUGGAUUAUUGAGCGACAGGAUCGCGAAAAGGAAACCAACAAUCAGAUGAUUAUGCUCCGUGAGCUGCAGAAGCUGUAUGCAGAUGAACGUCACCUUAAAGAGAACAUUGAGAUGCAGUUGAACAAUUUUAAGACGCAGUUUGCCAGUAAUGAGGCUGAGAACAGUCGACUGCGUGAGCUGCAACUUCAGCUAAAGGAGGCGCGUGCACAGCUAAAGCAAUUGCAGACCAAAGCAGAACAAACAACUGCUGCAGCGUCUGCGACUGACAGUAGUAUGUUGCUGCAGCAGGUGCGUCAGGAGAUGCAGCAAUUAAAGGAGCAGCACUCUGUAGCGAUCAAGCAGGAGCAGCGACGUGUUCUGCGCGCCGAAGAGCAGAGCCGACGGCAGGCGGCUCUGCACGAGGAUAGGGUGGCCAAUUUGGAAUCUCGCCUGGCAGAGCUAAGCAACUCGGUGGGUACCUACGAUCGCUUGCGUCAACAAGAUCAGGAUAGUAUCCAUGCGCUUAAGCAGCAGCUGCACGAGCUGGAACAGCUGCAAACCCGUACAGUACCCACCGUCCAGCCACUCAAAGAUAGCGACCAGGAUGUGGCUGUUCUAGUGGAUGAAAUUGUGCGCCUCAAAAAGUUGCUGACUAAUGCCAAUGCGCGCUCUUCUAAUCCCAUGGACCUCAGCAAGGUACUGGGCAGCAGCCAUGCAGCUGCCAACAUCGAUUCCCAUGCCCAAUGUGAGCUACAGCUGCAAAACUUACAGAAAUUACUGGAGAAUGGUAAGCAGCAGGAGGUUCAUCUACAGCAGAAAAUUCAGUUGCAGCAGACUCACAUCCAAACGCUGCAGGACAAGGUACAGGUACUUAAUCGCAACAUAGACGAAACCGAGCAAGAACUGAAACAGCAGGGCGACAAGAUGCGUAUAGCGCUCAAGAAUGAGCGUGUAAAGUGGCAAGAGGCAAAGGCGGAGUUGGAAAAUGAGACGCGUUGCAAACUUAACGAGCUGGAGCAACUGCUGCAAAAGCAGCGCCAGCGUUCACUUCAAUUGCUCGACGAGAAGGAGCAGGAGAUUAAGACGCUGCAAACCUCAUUCGAAGUCUUCCACAAGCCAAACGCGUCACCUCUGGAGAGCAGUGAAACCUUUGCCUACUCCUCGGACGCAGACAGCGUAGAGGUUGAGGGCGAACGUGAGACGAAGAUGAAGGUUAAGCCCAAGAAACUAUCAUUGGGCGAGAACUGUCAUAUGCUGCACUAUGCCAACGAGCUGGCACGCAAGGACAUUGAGAUUACAACGCUACGCAAAUCCAAAUACGUAGCAGAGUCUACGCUUAGGAAAGCCAUACAGGAUAAGGUCACGGCGCAGCAGGAGAUGCACGAGAAGAUUGAACUGCUCGAGGAGCAGGUGGACAGAUUGGAGCGUUGCAAGACGCGUGAAGGCGCUAAUUUGGAGUAUCUGAAGAACGUUGUUAUUAGCUUCAUUGUCACCCGGGAUGCGGAAGAUAAGCGUCACAUGCUGAACGCCAUUAGUGCUGUCCUUCAAUUCACCAGCAACGAGAUGCAGACAAUUAAUGCAGCAUUCCAAAAGAAGUAGAAUUCAUACGAAACAUUAUUAAAAUAGAUCAUGUAUAGAA